UUGAGCCUGGGCUGGAAGUGAAGGUGGAAAGAUUGCGGCUCCGGAGCUGCAGAGGCGGUGAGGGCGGAGGCAUGAGGAGAGUUGCGUGGCUUCAGUGAGGAGACCGGGAUGUGCCUGCCGGGGGCUGUAGGCAGGCUGAUGGGGGAGGGAAAGAGCAGCCUGUGAAACGGGGUGACGGCGGCGACCAGCCCGGGCGGGGACCGGGACUGGAAGAGGCGCCUGAGCAGCCGGCUGGUCCGGCGGCUGGGCUGGGGUUUGGGGACGGGGACUUGAGAGACGAACGUCCAGCUGAGCCUGCCAGCGCAGGAAGGCCGAGGAGAAGGGUCGUGUUUUGCCGUUGGGAAAGAGACGAGGGCGAAGGAAGGAUUGGAGGAAGCUGGAUCUUAGGAAGUGGCCGGAAGUGCUGAGAAGCUGGUAACAGGCGUCGGUACAAGGAACCGAAAGGAUCAGGAAGAAAGAAGGGAGGUCUGUGUAAGUAGCCGAAAAGAUCGAGUGACAAGAAAGAGGGCCGGUGUAAGUGAAGGAAAAGUGAGGUGUGGCUAUAUCAGAGGGAAGUAGGAGAAGACGGUCAGUGCAAGUGGGUUGAGGACCGAGGGAAAAGCCGUGGAAGUGGCUGGGGUCCGGGGCCGGGACAGUGCCAGACUUGGCCGGAAGGCAGCGGAGCGGAGCGCAAACCUGAGAGUGUUUGGAAAUUGGAAGACUUGGUGGCGAACGAGGGUCAGAACUGAGAUCCUGCCUCGGAGAGUGAGCGACGUGUCCGGGAUGUGGGAUCGGAGGCUGGUGAGGUUGGCCUUGUUGCAGCAGCUUCGGGCCGUCUAUGGCAUUAAGGUCAAGAGUGGCCGUGGGCAGUGCGAUCGUAGGAGACAUGAAACAGCGGCCACGGAUACAGCGGGUAAAAUAUUUGGAGUACCUUUUAAUGUAUUGCCCCAUUCUGUCAUACCAGAAUAUGGACAUAUUCCAAGUUUUCUUGUUGAUGCUUGCACAUCUUUAGAAGAGCAUAUUCACACAGAAGGGCUUUUUAGGAAAUCAGGAUCUGUUGUUCGUCUGAGAGCCCUAAAGAAUAAACUGGAUCAUGGUGAAAGUUGCCUGGCUUCUGCACCACCUUGUGAUGUUGCAGGACUUCUUAAGCAGUUUUUCAGGGAAUUGCCGGAGCCCAUUCUUCCAGUUGAUUUGCAUGAAGCACUUUUCAAAGCUCAACAGUUAGGAACAGAAGAGAAGAAUAAAGCUACAUUACUGCUCUCCUGUCUCAUGACUGACCACACAACCGAUGUAUUAAGAUACUUCUUUAACUUUCUCAAGAGUGUUUCCCUUAGGUCUAGUGAGAAUAAGAUGGAUAGCAGCAAUCUCGCAGUAAUAUUUGCACCAAACCUUCUUCAGACAAGUGAAGGACAUGAGAAGAUGUCUGCUAACACAGAAAAAAAGCUCCGAAUACAGGCUGCAGUGGUACAGACCCUUAUUGACCAUGCAUCAGAUAUUGGGCAUGUUCCAGAUUUUAUCCAGGAAAAGAUACCGGCCAUGUUGGGUAUUGAUGGUCUCUGUGCUACUCCAUCAUUAGAAGGUUUUGAAGAAGGUGAAUGUGAAACUCCUGGUGACUAUAAGAGAAAGCCAAGACAAAGUGUAGGAGAUUUUGUUAGUGGAGCAUUAAAUAAAUUUAAAUCUAACAGAACACCCUCUAUUACGCCUCAACAGGAAAGAACUGCUCAGCUACCCAUAUCACCCAUGAAUCUCACACCAAAUGCUAAGCGUAAGCUACCAAUAGAGUCUUCUCAUGGUUUCUCAAGUAAGAAAAGGAAGUCAAUCAAGCACAAUUUUAACUUGGAGUUGUUGCCAACUAAUCUCUUCAACAAUUCUACACCGGCAUCAGUUCACAUUGAUACAAGCCCCGAAGGGUCAGCUCAGAGUUCAUUCUCUCCUGUAGCCAUCAGUGGAAACGAUUCGAUCAGUACAAGUGUGCUAAGGCGAAGUAAGAGGAUUGCAAGUAAAAAAAUUUGCAGGGUGGAAUCGGGAAAAGCAGGCUGCUUCUCUCCUAAGAUCAGUCGUAAAGAAAAGGUCCGAAGAUCUCUUCGUUUGAAAUUUAGUCUGGGGAAAAGUAGCAAAGACCCAAAUGGGUGUCCUGGUGUCGAUAGAUACGAAAAUGUCGGUCGACGACUUGCAAAUCAACAAAGUUUAAAAAAUAGGAUUGAAUCUGUAAAAACAGGUCUCCUUUUUAGCCCAGAUAUUGAUGAAAGAUUAACAAAGAAAGGUUCAAAAAAGAUCAGUAAGUCUGAGGAGAACUUAUUAACCCCAGAGCGUCUAGAUGGAACAAGUUACCGGAUGUCUUGGACAGGACCUACUAAUUCCGGUUUUCAAGAAAUGGUGACAAAUGAAGUUUCUCCAAUCAAGGCAAAUCUUGAGGUGGAAAGCUCUUCUUCAGAGCCUGAUACUUCAGUUGAAAAGUUACCUGUUAGUUCAUAUGAACGCACCCUUUCUAAUGUACAGGAUAAGCAUAACAACAGUGUAACUGGAAGCUCUCUUAGUGGGGAUGAAAAUCACUUGACCACAGAGACUCUGGUGAAAAUUCAGAAAGCAUUUUCUGAAUCUGGAAGUAAUCUUCAUGUAUUGAUAAAUCACAGCCAGUCAUCAGUAACUAAUGUGGGGAAAGUAAAACUAAGUGAAACAUCUUCUAUAGAAUACAGUCCAGAGAAAAAUCUGUUUGAGACUAAUGAUUUGACUGUGAUAGAAUCAAAUGAACAUCAAACUGGUAAAGAAGAACAUAGUUUUCCAGAACAAGACAUCUCACUACAUCAAACUCAAAAUUUGGAUAGAGAAGCAACUGUAAAAUGUUAUUCAACUCAUGUGAAGAUUGAACAUGAAGAAAGCAUUUGUUCAAAUAUACCUAAAGACUAUUCAGUUAAACAAGAGUUGCCUAGUGAUGAACACGUAAAGGAACAGCAGUCUCUGGGGGAUAAAGUAAAUCCUGAAUUAAGGGAGAGCGAGAAUAUAAUCGAAGAGAACUUGGCGAAGCAUGCAGCUAGCACUUCUUCCUCAGAGCCCAUCACGUGUAACAUAACAAACUUGUCCAAAUGCAGGCCUGUGAGAAUUGUUAAGCAGCAGUCGCUGGUGGAAACCUGUAGCGCUACGGUUUCUGAAAGCUUACAAAUGACAGAGCGUGGUAAUGUGUCAGACCACAUACAGUGGUUUAACAAGCUUUCUUUAAAUGAACCAAAUAAAACAAAGGCAAAGUCACCUCUUAAGUUUCAGCGUACACCUGUUCGUCAGUCUGUCAGAAGGAUUAACUCCUUGUUGGAGUAUAGCAGACAACCUGUACGGCACAAAUUGGCGAGUCUUGGUGAUGCCGCUUCUCCUCUGGUGAAGUCAGUGAGCUGUGACAGUGCUCUUUCCUCUGGUAUGGAAAGUACAUCAAAAGAUUCCUUGAUUUCAUAUACCAAAUCAGGUCCUAAAGAACAGAAGUUUACGGGGUGUGGACAGUCCAAUGUUGAUACAGUUUUGAAAUCAAGCAUGGAGUUAACUUCUCAAUCUUUCUCAAAGACCAAGAGGCCCCCAGACUCCACGAAUGCUUCUCUUGGGUCUACCAGAGUUUGUAAACAGGAAGUGGUGUCCAGAGGCCAAAUUAAGGUUCCCUUGGAUGACCUGACAAAUCAUGACAUAUUAAAAUCUGUUGUAAAUAAUAAUGCGGGCUUUUCUCCUGGGAUAAAUAGCAGAGUCCUUAGGAAACCAUCAGAAAAAGAAAGAGUCUGGUAUAAAGGUUCUCCAAAAAAUCCCAUCGGAAAAGCUCAGUUACUACCAACGAGUAAACCUGUAGACUUGUAAUUGGUAGAUGUUAAUACUUGUUAAUGUAAAUAAAAUUAGCUGUUGGUGAUAGGACUUGCAGGAUAAUCUGCAUGUUGGUUUGUUAGCUCAGGAAGGUUAAGUGAUAGAUUUUAAUUUCAGUGCACAAGCAACUUGAAUUCUUACGCUUGUAUAAAUGACUUGUUUUUCUUAAUUAUGGCAGUAUUUAAAUUUUGUAAUUGUAUUGUGAUCUCUUCAAGCAGAGGUUACAUUUUACCUUUUGAAAGAAGUUGUUGGCUGGGUUUAUGAGAAAUUAAUUCUUGAAAAUUGUAUGAAUUUUAGUUUUAAGCGUGAUAGGAAGAGUGAACGAGUUGUGACUAUUUCCUGUUAUUCCUCCUGAGUCAGAGAAGGUUUCUACGAGAAAUUUCUAACCCGUAAAGGGAAGAGAUAAGCCCUACAGAUCUUAUUUCUUGAAUUACGUUGAUAUUUAUGGUUUAUGCCAGAAUCCCUAGAAAUUAACUUGCUUCAAUAGCAACUUAAUCUUUUAUUCCAAUUUGGGGCAGAAUAAUUGGGUUUAUAUGGUCUGUAGAUGUGUACAGCUGGUUCCCUUGGACGAAGAAUAAUGGCUAAAGCAGAAUAAGGACUCAAGUGUGCUCUUAGAGAAUGAUGCUGCAGAAUAUUCGAUGACUUUUGAGCCAUACUAUUUUAUAGUUAAUUUGCACAAAUAUAUUUGUAGCUGUUUUGUCCAAUAUAGGAUUUAAAAUUAUUUAAGGAGGAAUAAUUAAGCUUGGAAAUUUUUAAUCAAAGUGAUUUCUUACAUUCACAUACUUGAUUUUAUAAUUUAAAAUAGGUGAUGUGCCUCUGUACAUUUAACUUGGAUUCUUAACUUUUGAUUCUUAUAAAAGCCUAUGAUGGUUUUGUCUGGUGUGUAAAUGUUAUUUAUUUAGCAUAGACAUUAAAGGUAACCUUCUGGAAAAUGACUUGUCUGAAUCUCUAAUGAAAUUCAAAAUACCUCUUAGAAUUUGACCCAAAUUGUUGAGCAAAUCUAUCUAAAUUUGUAUUUUAAGUUAUUAGAAGUUAAUCUUUAAGGAAAGAAUAAUAGCAACAAUGGUGGAUAUUCUCUAGGUUUUAGAGGAAGGAAUAUUGCAGGGCGAACAAACCACUGAAGAUAGUUUUACAGGUCAGUUUUUAGAAUGUCACAUUCAGACGGUGGAGCAGAAUAGAACAGCACUGCAAAUCUACUCAGAGCAGCCAGAGUCAUCAGAUGUCUGCUUGACCACAUUCUACUUGAUAGCAGUACACCUGUUUUAUUUCAAAGCGAUUUCCUGUCUAUUACCUAGGAAUCAACCCUUUCUCACUACCAGUAAGAAUUUGACUUCUAUAAAGACUGUAGAUAUGAAUACCAUGUUUAUCUGACAUGAAAACAGGUUUGUGAUAUAAACUGGAUAUUCAUUUCGGCUGUUUAUGAUAUUUCUGAUAGUAAGUCGAGAUAGGAAACAUUCAUAAACUUUGAAAUAGAUAUUGUCUGAUUCAGAGCAAUUUUUUAAAUUUCACCUUCGCUCUGGAUAAACUUUUAAAGAUGUAUUAAUGCCAUUUUAUAUCCAUGGGUAUGGGUGAAGUGUUGAAUAGGAAGACUAAUUCAGUAAGAAGCCAUGGGAGAUUAAUGGUACAAUUACCUGAAUUAGUGGCUUUUCUGAGAGAUUAAUAAUGAAAGAUGUUUAUUUUUUAAAAAACUACCCACAUAUUACUCCCAUUUUUGUUAGGUGAAAGCCAGCAGUAUAGGAAGACUAUGAAAGUAAGAAACUUGUACAGUCAGGAAAGUUAAAUUUUAGAAUUAAUCUCUCCACUUUAUCUAAAAUGGAGAUGUUACUCAUCUCAUGAGGAUAUUUGGUCAAAUGGUAUGUGAACGUACUUAGUAAAGUUAGGUUAAGCCCUAUGGACAUAGGCGCCUGGGUGACUCAAUAGGUUAACUGUCCAACUCUUGAUAUCAGCUCAGGUCACGAUUUCACGGUUUGUGGAACUGAGCCCCAAGUCAGACUCUGGAGCUGUCAUCACAGAGCUUGCUUGGGAUUCUCUAUCUUCCUCUCUCUCUGCCCCUCUCCCAGCUCACAUGCUCACUCUCAAAAUUUUUUUAAAAAGUAUGGACAUAGGCAGUAACUUAAAGGAUUAUUUUCACUUUGUUAUAUACAAGUGUAAAUAAAGAUCUAAUACGAAUUUAUUUAUCAUGAGCAACAAUACAAUUACACAAUUACAUAGGACUUAAAUUAGCCGGCUGCUUGGCAACAUUCUAUAAUCACUAAGAAUUUAACAUAGUCAUUUGAUCAUCAAGUCCAGGAUGUGUAUAAUUUAAAAUCUCAAAUUUCAAGGGCAACUGAGUGGCUCAGUUGGUUAAGCGUCCGACUUUGGCUCAGGUCAUGAUCUCGUGGUUUGUGAGUUCAGGCACUGCAUCAGGCUCUGUGCUGACAGCUUAGAGCCUGGAGCCUGCUUCAGAUUCUGUGUCUCACUCUCUCUGUCUCUGCCCCGAUGGUAUUCUGUCUCUCUCAAAAAAUAAACAUUAAAAAAAUUUUUAAAUAAAAUACAAAUUUCAUAUGAAACCUUUUGGUGUAUCUUAAACGUCCAUUCAACACAAAAGCAGUAAAUCGUGAUGCCUUCUCCAUUUUUCCAAGCAUAAA